CGUUUUUUGUUUUGAAUCCAUCAUUUCACACAAUCGAGAUCUAUCUCCUUUUUAUUUGAAUCAUUUUCUACCCACUUCAAAUGGAGUAUUGGUGUCCCCCUCCUACACCUCAAGUUGUUUGCUUCUGAAUCUAAGAGCUAUUAGUACUCAAGUUAGAAGAGUAACAUGUCUUGCGAUAACAUCUUCAACGGAGACAAGGUGCCAUUAUUAUCAGACCAUUCAUCCUCCGACAUCCAAAGUAGAAAUGGCGAUCCUCAUAUACACCAACAACAACAAAACUUGUCACAGAGGUUUUGGAUUGAAUCAAAGAAGCUAUGGCAGAUUGUGGGCCCGGCCAUCUUCAGCCGCAUCGCUUCUUAUUCCAUGUUCGUCAUCACCCUGGCAUUCGCCGGCCAUCUCGGCGAUUUGGAAUUUGCGGCCAUGUCAAUUGGCAGUAAUGUCGUCGUAGGCUUUGAUUUUGGCCUCAUGUUGGGAAUGGCUAGCGCUCUCGAGACGCUAUGCGGGCAAGCAUUCGGGGCAAAGAAGUACAACAUGCUGGGAGUAUAUCUGCAACGGUCAUGGGUGGUUCUGUUAAUAUGCUGCGUUGUGAUGAUGCCGCUGUUCAUAUACGCGACGCCGUUGCUGAAGCUUUUGGGGCAGCCCGACGACGUGUCGGAGCUUUCGGGCGUGGUGGUGAUGGCUUUCAUUCCGCUGCACUUCUGCUUCGGGUUACAUUUCCCGCUGCAGAGGUUCUUGCAGAGCCAGCUGAAGAAUUCGGUGAUUGCUUGGGUGAAUUUGGUGGCGUUCGUUGUGCAUUGUCUGGUGAGCUGGUUGAUUGUGUCUCGGUUCCGGCUCGGAGUCGUAGCCAUCGCCAUGACCUUGAACUUCUCUUGGUUCCUCAUCUUAUGUGGGAUGUUUGGCUACACCGUCUGCGGCGGAUGCCCCCUCACCUGGCCCGGUUUCUCCGUCCAAGCUUUCUCUGGUCUUUGGGAUUUCUUUAAACUCUCUGUUUCUUCCGGAGUUAUGCUCUGCUUGGAGAAUUGGUACUACAGAAUUCUGAUAGUGAUGACAGGCAACUUGAAAAAUGCCGAAGUUGCUGUCGAUGCGUUGUCCGUAUGCAUGAGCAUUAAUGGCUGGGAAAUGAUGAUUCCACUUGGAUUCUUUGCUGGAACUGGCGUGAGGGUGGCAAAUGAGUUGGGCGCUGGGAGCGGAAGAGGAGCUAAAUUCGCUGCAAUCGUAUCAGUGGUACAUUCAACUAUCAUUGGAUUGAUCUUUUGGGGGCUAAUCCUAAUCUUUGACGACAAGUUGGCCCUAAUUUUUUCAUCGAGCAAACCUGUCCUAGAAGCUGUCAGCCACCUCUCAAUUCUCUUAGCUUUCACUAUUCUGCUCAAUAGCAUUCAACCAAUUCUAUCAGGGGUUGCGGUUGGAUCUGGAUGGCAGGCAUAUGUAGCUUACAUAAACCUUGGGUGCUACUAUUUACUCGGACUCCCUCUUGGCAUUAUAAUGGGAUGGGUGUUUCAUCAAGGCGUCAUGGGCAUAUGGGCUGGAAUGAUCUUUGGUGGAACUGCAGUGCAAACUCUAAUAUUGUGUAUAAUCACACUUCGAUGUGAUUGGGAAAACGAGGCUAAGAAAGCAAAUCGACACAUUCAAAAGUGGGAAGAAGUGGGUCACAACAAAUUGUAAAAGUUCGGUGCAUGGAAUUACCGUUGUCACAUGAUAUUACAAUGAAAGUCUGCCUAAAUUUGGGGUGGGGCAACCCAACCCAACCCAACCAACUCAAAAAUUCAUUAUUGGUCCGAUUUUCUUACGGUCCAGAUAAGUUACGGGCCUAAAAAUAAAAUAUUCAAUUCGGACCAAAGAAAACCACAACUAUUACUCAUAAUAAAUAUUAUGAUCUUCUCUCACUAUCAUUCCAUGAAAAAUAUGAUCGUUUAGGCCCG